AAUACCAAAUUUAUAUUUUAAAAAAGGAAAUUAUAAUAAAAAAAUAAAAAUAUGCGUUGUAGUACUCGGGUCGGAUUGAAUUUAAAUGGCAAAUUGCGAGGGCUAAAUUGCAAUUUCCCGGAAUUAUGAUCCCUGGUCCCCGUAAGUAGAUACCUAAUGGUCCGAUGACUCCGAUCCAUCGAGCAUGUAAUUCGGCCACCGCCGACGAGCCUGAAGGAAUUCAAAAAGCGAGGAGAGCCGACUCGCUCGACUUUCUCGGGUAAAUCCUUCAUUUCUACUCUUCCUCCGCCAUCUUCUCUUUCGCUGUUCGAUUCAAUCUUUCAACCCUCGCGAUCCGCGAGAUUUGUUUAAACCAUGCGCUGGUCUUCUUCGUACCUCGAAUCAAGAGUUCGAUCCUGGCUGCGGGACUACGAUCGCCUGCAAUCCGUCGCCGUCGCUCUCAUCUACAUCCAGAUCGGCUGUGCUAUGUUGGGAUCGCUUGGCGCGUUAUUCAAUGGAGUUUUGCUGAUCAAUCUGGCGGUGGCGCUCUUUGCGCUCGUUGCAAUUGAGAGCAGUAGCCAGAGCCUGGGAAGGACUUAUGCAGUGCUUCUCUUCUUCUCUAUCGUGCUUGACAUUGCUUGGUUCGUAUUUUUCUCGCACACUACCUGGAAUUUCGAUCCUGAUCAGAAAUUUGGGCCACUAUUUGUCUUCUCAAUCAGACUUGCAUUGUUGAUGGAAAUCUUUGGCUUUUCAGUGAGGUUUUUGUCCUCAUUUUUAUGGGUUCAAAUGUACAGAUUGGGGGUUUCGACAGUGGAUAGCAACGUAUACCGUGCAGAUUAUAAUGUUAGAGAUAGCUUUGUGAAUCGUCCAACAAAUGAAGUAGCUAGGCAGGCCUCCACUGCUGAUGAGAUUUUGGGAGGUUCCAUUUAUGAUCCAGCCUAUUUCUCCUCCCUUUUUGAAGAUAUUCAAGAAACGCAACACAUGCCUGAGGUUGAUAAUGAUUCGAGAAAACUGCAAUUGCAAUGAUUUGUAGUGUCACCAAAUGUUGCCCAGAAUCCGCCUUCGUCGUCUUAUUGCUCAACUACGUCGUUGUCUGAUCCUUGAUUUUGGCAUGAUGGUUAUCUUCAUAGAAUGCAGCCAGCUCUUGCAAAUUACGGAUUCCGUUGCCACUUCUCUCUGAGAACAGUUCGUCCCUUGGAUCCCCUUAUCAAUAGCCGAAAGCACAUGUUCUUAGGUCCAGAUGAGGUUACCGAGCAUAAAGCUCAAACACUAAUGUCGGAAACACAUGCCAAGGUGCUCGAGAUCAUUUUGGGAAAAAAGAAACCACCAGAGGAGAUGCCUUGAUCGGAUUUAUCAGUGGCAUAUCUUGGUGGGCUGUCUUCGUUAUAUCUUUUGGGACUGGUUGGAGUUUAGAUCCAAUUAUGGAGCACUGCUCCAGGGAUUCAAGCCAUUGUAAAUAGAAGCAAAUUAUAGAUCAACCCAUCAGAGUUUUUAGCAAAUAUUACUACUCAAUGUCAACUCUUUGAAUGACAAACCAUAAACCUUCAUCAGGGUAAUCAUUCCCUUCGUAUUAAGUUGAGCUGAAUCUAAAUCCUAAUAAAAAGAUUGUAAACCAAACUGAACAUUUAAUAAUGCCAAAACAAAUCAUC